GAUGUGGGUGUAUUGAUUCUACGUCCUUCUAACUGACCGAACACGAUACCGCUCUGUUAACAGAUUGAUGUAAGCGCAUUGACCUGCAGUCGAAUUGACGCUCCACUGACCAUUGAAAUUGCUGAUUCCCGUCGACAGUGACGUGCUUGGCGAAGAUCAACGUAUAGAGAUACAGUCUAGGUUACUCUCUGCGGCCUCCGACUCAUCACCCCUAGAGAAUAUCGUUCAGCUCAUUUCUGCUGCUGUCAUUAUCUUCGAACAUUCUUUCUACAUUUCCGACAAGCGGCGCUAUCUUCAAGACAAGCAGAAGUCUGGUCCCUCAUUUCAUGUCGCUCUCGAGCAGUACAUGGCAUCACCGCAUGCAGCUACUGUCAGGGAAGCUGUGAGUGCUGCCGUCCAGGCAUAUGAAGAAGCUGUGGCUACUGCCGCCCACGCAUAUGAAGAAGCCUUGGCUACUGCCACCCACGCAUAUGAAGAAGCUGUGAGGACUGCUGUCUUUCCAUAUCAAGGAAAACUGCCUGCUUGGAUGGUGAAGUUACCGAUUGAACGCUUCAAGAGGAAGGCACAAGAAGCUUUCGAACGCUCUCAGGAGGCGAAGCAAUCCUUUGAACGCUCUCAGAAGGCGAAGCAAUCCUCUGAAUGCUCUCAGGCAAAGGAAAAAGAAUCUUCGUGCUCUCAGGAGGCGAAGGCGGAGUUAUUCAAAGUAGUUCUUAAAAUCGCUCUAGAUCAUCGCUUGCCUAGACCUUGAUGUCGGGAAAUGCAACACACCGUCAUGAUCAAUGAUGGUCCGAUUCGGAGAGGAACGGAGGUGUCUGGGCUAUGAAAGGUUGCUCGAAAUGUUUGUGGAGGUAGAUUUAUGGCGCUUUGUGUGGUAUG